AUGAACCCACUCGCAACGUCCUUCACGUUUCCCAAGGCCAGCGCCAGCGCCAGCGCCAGAACUGAUCCUGAACCCCGUGAUUCGUCGCGAGAAACUUCCACCAAAGAUACAAGGGCAGCAAUAAAUAGUCCAGCGAGUGCGAUCCAAGUCAACGAAGUCGAUCGACUAUCGGCCUACGUAGAUGGCAUAUCCGUGACAGAGAACCACUCCGCCUCUUCCUCUUACAUCCCCGCACACGAAGAGGAGCAGAUCAGCCCACUCUCCCGCAAGAGACUGCAAACCCAACUGCAGACUACCGCCAAAGAACUGGUAACGCUGCGACAUGCCAACCUAGCCCUAACCCAGCGUCUCUAUGACUUGUAG